CUUCAUUUUAUUUUAUUUUUCCUAAUAAAUUGCACACCAUUUGCUUUUAUUUCCCCCCUUAAUUUAAUAAAAACCUUUUCCCUUCAAAUUUUCUACAAUCCCCAAUUCUCUCUCGUUUAUGAAAGGAGUCUUCUUACAUCAAUAAUUUUUGGUAUUGGGUGUCGUUAGCGAAUUGGAUACUAUAUGAUGCCUCCUGAGGCUAAAAAGAAUUGUUGUGAAUCUUUACCUCUCGAUGUACUUAGCAACCUUCCGGAGAAUGUAAUUGAUGUAAUUUUGAUGUGUUUGCCGUUAAGAGAUGCUGUAAGGACGAGCAUCUUAUCAAACAUAUGGAGAUAUAAAUGGUGUCGACUUCCAGAGUUGACGCUUGAUGAUACUUUUUGGAAAACUAAAAACAACUUAAUAUGCCAUACGACUGCGAUUACCAAGAUUAUCUACCACAUUUUGAUAUUUCAUGAAGGACCGAUUACAAAGUUUACCUUGUGUGUUCCUAAGUCGAGAAGUUGUCCCAUGAUCGAUGACUUGAUAUAUUUCCUCGCUAAAAAUGGCAUUCAGGAUUUUGUUCUUAAACUUCCAUUCAAGGGUGAUACAUACGAAUUGCCACCUUUGUUUUUUAAAAAGUUGCAGUUGAGGAAUUUGACUCUCCAGAAUUGUUUAAUACUUCGCCCACCGACCUUUAAAGGAUUUGAUAGGUUGAUUAGCCUGGAACUAUGUGAAGUUACAAUUACUUCCGAGUUGCUAGGAAGUUUAAUCUCUCAUUGCUUGUUGCUUGAGAAUCUGGUGCUGCAUAUCGCUGACACGUACAGCAACCUCAUUGAAAUUAGUGCUCCCAGGCUGAGAUCAUUGUACUUCGCAGGCAGCGUGAGAUCUAUCUCUUUAAAGAAUGUCCCUUCUCUGGCAAAAGUUUUACUUGCAUCUAGUGAUACAGACUAUUUGGGGGCAGAUAAAUGGGAUGUCGUGGAGUUCUUCGAGUCUUUUGAGCCUUUUUCUGCUCUUGAGCAUCUAUAUUUGAAUAUGAUAUUUGCUGCAGAAGCAAGUGAAGUACCAAAAAGGCUUCCCUUUAAUCUUAACUGUGUCAAAAAGCUCGACAUAUGUGUUGAUCUGUAUCACUCGGUUGAGGUGUCGUGUACUCUUUGCUUGAUAAGAAGUUUCCCAUAUAUACAGUUUAUGGAUAUUCAGGAAGCUUUCUAUAAAUAUGAUAUAGGAGAUGAUGAAGUAGAAUUUCCCUCGGAUUUGACGUUUGAUCACCUAAGGGAAGUUAGGCUAACACUUGCUAGUGGCUCAAUCAUUGAGAUGCAGCUUGCCAAACUUCUGCUAGCCAAGUCUCCCAUGCUAGUCAGAAUGCUCUUUGCAUCGUGUGCGGCUAGAGGAUAUGUAGCAGUCAAAAAACUCGUGGCUGAGCUAACAACAUUUCAGCGUGCGUCACCUAAAGCUGAAGUAGUCUUCAUCGAAAGCUAGUACAUGAUUACCAUCCUGUUUAUUGAUCUUCAGGAGUCUCUAAUCGGACCAUGAUGUUUGGCUCAAAUAUUUUGCAAAGUUAUAGUGAAUAGCUAGAAAGUACUCUGAACAUCAGUUUUGGGAACAUUUGAAUCUGGUUAGAUGUUUUGACUUGUAUGUUGCAUAAUAUGUUAGUGCAGUUUGAAGUUUUCUUAGACUCACUUCUAUCUUCUCGAGUUGAUACCCUAUGUGGUUAAUAUUUAUUGUGGGCUUGUUGUG